CUUCACUGUAGCUGUAAGGUGUGAUGAGCUUCUGAAGAGAAAGUGUGAUCAUUUCCAUUAGCAAUGAAGGUUCCUCAGCUGCUCAUUUGUGUUGUUCUCUUGGUAAAGAGGUACAAAACAUCUGGGGAAGAAAUUCAUGGCUAUGAAAGCAGCUCAGUCUCGAUAACAUGCUCGCAUUCUUGGGCUGGCAGUAAUAAGAAGUACUUCUGCAAAGACCCAUGUGAAACAAAUGUGGAUAUUCUGAUAGACUCCACCAAGAAAUCGUCUGGUAGAUAUCGGUUGACGGAUUCUGGGACGGGAGUCUUCACUGUGGAAAUCGCUCGACUGAGUAAGGAAGAUGCUGGGAAAUACUGGUGUGGAGUGGACAGAGUUUUUAGUGAUACGUAUAAUGAAGUGAUCCUUACAGUCCUUGAUGCACCACAGACCUCUCCAUCACCGAGCUCCAGCACUCAUCUUCCAACAACAGUUACUUCUCUAGGAAACAUUUCAACAUCUAAUGCCACGUUUGCUGCAGUUUCUGUUUCAGCUCCAGCAGCUUCAGAUCAAUCUAAUAACGCCAAAACAACAGACUGGCGGACUUACCUCAUUGUCUCUGUAUGCGUCUUGUUAAUGACAUCGGUGGUUUGGAUUCUGGCGUUUUUAGGCUUAUAUUACAACAUAUGUGCUCAUCCCAUCCUGGAGUCCCAGUGCUGCUCAAAAAGUAAAGAGUUUGAUGCAUCUGACUGUGAUGGAAAUUCAUUUGGAAAGCAGAGUUCAGUCUCCCGUAGUCGUCCUCCAGCCGCUGAAGACACGGAGCCAGACUACGAGAACAUCUUUAAUGCUACAACCAAAUUCCCUGCAGAGCCGAAUACAUACAGUAAUCAGUGGAAAUAGAAAGAUUACAUAGAGAACUGUGUAACAGUCACCUUUCAUUUAUUCCAUUUCCAGUUAACACAGACAAUAAGUACACAUUAUUUACACGUUUAGCAUCAGAAACGAAGGAGAAAUCACAUGUAACAGAAAAUGACAUACGAUACUCAACCAUUAAAUAUGAUACAGCA